GUUGACAUGAUCUAAAUGGUUUUUCCCUUUUGUUGUGUACUGGUAGGCGUUCAGGAGAAGAUGGGCGUGAUGAACCGGGGUAUAGUGUACGCCCUGUGGGACUAUGAACCACAGAAUGACGACGAGCUCGGCUUCAGCGAGGGUGACUGCAUGACGGUGCUGAGGCGGGAGGACGAGGUGGAGACGGAGUGGUGGUGGGCGAGAUGUGGCGACCGAGAGGGCUACAUCCCCCGCAACCUGCUGGGGCUGUAUCUGAGGAUCAAGCCGCGGCAGAGGAGCCUGGCGUAACAGGCGGCUGAUGAAUCCUGCAAAGACCAGAAUGUUUGUGCGAGGGAGCAGACGAGGUGGUGGCUGUUAAAGAAGAGAGACCCAACUGCCUCCUGUGGCUGGCAGACACGCUGCAGAGCCGCCCUCAGGCUCCAGGAGGCCUUGCAUACAAAAUGUGAACAUUCUUGACCUUGUAAUGUUGCUUUCUUCUAGUUUUUCAGAUGUAGUUGUGUUUUA